UUCACUCUUCAGUUCAGCCACCACCAAACCCAAUUAACAACCGAUGCAGGCCGCCUUCUUAUCACAGGCGGUCAACACCGCCACCCAAUCCUUGAAACCCCAACCUCUUCGCCACAACAAUCGCUUCUACACCAUCCGUGCUUCCGCCGAAACAGCUCCACCUCCACCUGCAACUUCAGAAUCCCCUGUUCCACACCUCAAGCUCAACAAGUACAGCUCCCGAAUCACCGAACCCAAGUCCCAGGGAGCUGCCCAGGCCGUCCUGUACGGUGUUGGCCUCUCCGAUGACGACAUGAAAAAGCCCCAGGUCGGUAUCUCUUCGGUCUGGUAUGAGGGCAACACAUGUAAUAUGCACCUUCUUCGCCUCGCCGAAGCCGUCAGGGAAGGCGUUUGGGAGGCAGGAAUGGUUGGUUUUAGGUUUAAUACGAUCGGUGUCAGUGAUGCUAUCUCGAUGGGUACUCGAGGAAUGUGUUAUAGUUUGCAGUCUCGGGACUUGAUUGCUGAUAGCAUCGAAACUGUUAUGGCUGCGCAGUGGUACGAUGGGAACAUCUCAAUUCCUGGAUGUGACAAGAAUAUGCCAGGUACGAUUAUGGCAAUGGGCCGACUUAAUCGCCCAAGUAUCAUGGUUUAUGGUGGAACAAUCAAGCCUGGUCAUUUUCAGGAUCAAACUUAUGAUAUAGUAUCGGCCUUUCAGUGUUAUGGAGAGUAUGUUAGUGGCUCCAUCUCUGAUGGACAAAGAAUGAAUGUCAUCCGCAAUUCAUGCCCAGGAGCAGGUGCUUGUGGGGGGAUGUAUACGGCAAAUACCAUGGCUUCUGCUAUUGAGGCAAUGGGCAUGUCACUGCCAUACAGCUCUUCCACCCCGGCAGAAGACCCAUUGAAGUUGGACGAGUGUCGUUUAGCUGGAAAGUAUCUUUUGGAUUUAAUCAAAAUGGACCUGAAACCACAAGAUAUUAUAACUCACAAAUCAUUACGCAAUGCGAUGGUUAUUGUUAUGGCUCUUGGUGGGUCAACCAAUGCUGUCUUACAUUUGAUUGCUAUUGCUAGGUCCGUUGGUCUGCAGUUGACUCUUGAUGAUUUUCAGAAGGUCAGCGAUGAGGUUCCCUUCCUUGCUGAUCUUAAGCCAAGUGGCAAAUAUGUCAUGGAGGAUUUACACAAGAUUGGGGGGACACCAGCAGUUAUACACUAUCUUUUGGAGCAAGGGCUGUUAGAUGGGGACUGCAUGACUGUUACUGGGAAGACACUGGCAGAAAAUGCGAAACUUUUCCCUUGUUUGGCCGAAGGGCAGAAAAUUAUAAGACCACUAGAAAACCCCAUCAAGCAGACAGGUCACAUCCAGAUAUUGUAUGGCAAUCUAGCACCUGAGGGUUCUGUGGCGAAAAUUACUGGAAAAGAAGGGCUAUAUUUCUCUGGUCCGGCUCUUGUUUUUGAAGGUGAAGAGUCUAUGAUAGCAGCCAUCUCAGAGAAUCCAAUGAGUUUUAAGGGAAAAGUAGUUGUUAUUAGAGGAGAGGGACCCAAAGGAGGACCGGGUAUGCCUGAGAUGUUAACACCAACUAGCGCAAUAAUGGGGGCAGGUCUCGGAAAGGAUGUUGCUUUGUUGACAGAUGGUAGAUUUUCAGGGGGUUCACAUGGAUAUGUGGUUGGCCACAUAUGCCCUGAGGCACAGGAAGGUGGUCCAAUUGGCCUGAUUGAAAAUGGAGAUAUCAUCACUAUCGAUGUUUUGAAGAGCAGAAUGGAUGUUCAGUUAACCGAUGACGAGAUGGCCAAGCGAAGAAAGAAAUGGACUCCACCAGCAUACAAAGCUACCAAAGGAAUUCUAUACAAGUAUAUCAAGAAUGUGCAACCAGCUUCAAGGGGCUGUGUGACCGAUGAGUAGAUGAAGGCAUGAAGCAUUUUGAACAUUAUAGAGUGCUGAUUGUAUCUGCUACAAUCCAACGUUGACUGAUUGGCUUUUCCAAAGAAUUUCUCAGGCACCGAGAAACAAAACUUUCACUUUGUGAUGCAGGUGUCACAGUUUUGGAUAUUUCUUGUAGGAUUGUUAAAGAAAUCCUUGUGUAACCCAUUGUUUUAAAAGUGGUAAAAUCAAGGAAAUCAUUCAA